UUGAUGUUUCAGGCUGUCGCACAAAUCCGUGAUAUUUGAAUGUUUUUCUUCGGUAGAAGUUAAAGUUGUAUAGCAAACAAAACAUUUUCGGAAUAGGUGAGAUUGUAUUCGAAACAUCGCGAUAGAUUGUCGUACCUGCCGCCAAUAUUGUAUUAACAUUGUGCUAAUCGUCGAGUUGUGUUCAGUGAGUUCCAGGUGUAACUACAGCAAGAUUUAAACAUUUUCUCGAAAAAACUAGAAUUGUUAGCUCAAUUUAUACUUAUACCAAUAUUAACAAUGUUCGCACUUUGGUACUUCUCGCUUGCUGUGGACGAAUUAAGAAAACGUUUUGGUUUUGUAAAUCGACUUUUUAUCUUUUUCAACGGCAAUGAAUUCAAUACUCAGCCUCCAGCCAUUGAACCUCAGAAUCGAAAGACUUCGCCUUCCGUGGAACCUGUAGAUCAAAUAAAAAUAGCGCCUGUACUACCGGAGCCCGAAGCCUCACUUCAAAUAGCUGCUCAAGUUCUUCCGAAACCGGUUGAUGUUCCUUCAAAACCAAUCGUGGUGCCUUCCCCAAAACCACAAAGUGAUAUUCUUACUAAGCCUUCUCCAGUAGCUCCUAUUGUUAAGCCUGCACCGCUUGUUGAGCCUGUAAAACCAAAGAUAGAUCUUCGUCCCACAGUUGCCAAACCCGAAAUCGUAAAGGCAAAAGAACAAUCUAAAUCCAUUGUAUCUCCCGUAACACCAACUCCUAGCUCGACCUCAACCAAUCCUCAAGAGCCGGCUUUGAAUGGUAAAGCUAAAUCGACACUGAUCAAACCAGCCAGGCAGGCACCGGAAUCGAAAGCUUCCGACGCACCCGCACCAAUAUCACCGAAUUCUUCUAUUGUUGUCGAAUUACCGACCAGCAACGAAGAUAGUUUUAUUAUAGUCGAAAAACAGAAGCCAAAAGCCGCUGUAACCAACGUGAAAGAUUCGACCCUUGACUUCCUGAAGGCAGAAGGUGGCAGAGUUGCCGCGCCGACCGUGAGAAGAAAUAAAUCAGACACCAUGGUUGAUGCUGCAGUUCUGGAAAAGUUGGAAGCCGGAUUCGCCAAGCUGGCGGCUUCGGACUCCAAGUCCCUGUUGAAGAAGUAUCUGACCAAGGAGGUCUUCGAAGCCCUGAAGAACAAGAAGACUUCAUUUGGUUCCACUCUGUUGGACUGCAUCCAAUCCGGCGUUGAAAACCUCGACUCUGGUGUCGGUAUCUACGCUCCUGAUGCCGAAUCGUACUCAGUUUUCGCUGAUUUGUUCGACCCCAUCAUCGAGGAUUACCACAAAGGCUUCAAGAAGACCGAUAAGCACCCGGCUUGUGACUUUGGCGAUGUCAACACUUUCGCUAACGUUGAUCCGACCGGCGAGUUUGUCGUUUCGACUCGCGUCCGCUGUGGUCGCUCGAUGGAGGGCUACCCGUUCAACCCAUGUCUGACCGAGGCCCAGUACAAGGAGAUGGAGCAGAAGGUUUCUACCACCCUGUCCGGGCUUGAGGGUGAACUGAAGGGCAAGUUCUACCCACUUACCGGUAUGGAGAAGUCCGUCCAGCAACAGCUGAUUGAUGAUCACUUCCUGUUCAAGGAGGGUGAUCGUUUCCUGCAGGCCGCUAAUGCUUGCCGUUUCUGGCCAUCUGGACGUGGUAUCUAUCACAACGACAACAAGACCUUCUUAGUCUGGUGCAAUGAGGAAGAUCACCUCCGCAUCAUCUCCAUGCAGAUGGGUGGUGAUCUGGGUCAGGUCUACCGUCGUCUCGUUAGUGCCGUUAAUGAGAUUGAGAAGCGCGUUCCAUUCUCCCACCAUGAUCGUCUCGGAUUCCUGACCUUCUGCCCGACUAACUUGGGCACAACCAUCCGUGCUUCGGUCCACAUCAAGGUACCGAAACUGGCCAAGGAUUACGCUAAGCUGGAAUCGAUUGCCGAUAAAUACAACCUGCAGGUCCGUGGUACACGCGGCGAGCACUCCGAGGCUGAAGGCGGCAUUUAUGACAUCUCCAACAAGCGCCGCAUGGGCCUGACCGAAUUCCAGGCUGUCAAGGAGAUGUACGAUGGCAUUUCUGAACUCAUCAAGAUUGAGAAGUCGUUGUAAUUUGAAAACACAACCCACUAAUCCAACACUAACACAAGCAAGAGAAAGAACACAAUUGAUAAUAAUCGUUAAAUGAAAGCCAAAUAAAAAGUAUAAAGUGAAAA